GCAUCGGGAGGGCCUGAGGAGUGUGUGUGUGAGGGGCUGCGCGGUGCCCCUCGGGCGGGCCUGAGCUCCGCAGUCGGCUCGGCGUGCCCGCCCAGCCCAGCCUCCUCCCCGCCCAGGCGGCUCCCGGGGCCCACGUAAUAGUACAGAAGCCAGUAGAAAACGGUUCCUCGGAAAUAAAGGCCAGCAGACCCGGUUUGGAUUGCGCCUGUUCUCUGAACCUGAAUAAUGACUGCUGAAUCAAGGGAAGCCACGGGUCUGUCCCCCCAGGCUGUUCAGGAGAAGGAUGGUAUUGUCAUUGUGAAGGUAGAAGAGGAAGAUGAGGACCACAUGUGGGGGCAAGAUUCCAGUCUGCAGGAGACGCCUCCUCCGGACCCGGAGAUUUUCCGCCAGCGUUUCAGGCGCUUCUGCUACCAGAACACUUUCGGGCCUCGGGAAGCUCUGAGUCGACUGAAGGAACUUUGUCAUCAGUGGCUGCGACCGGAAAUCAACACCAAGGAGCAGAUCCUGGAGCUGCUAGUGCUGGAGCAGUUCCUUUCCAUCCUGCCCAAGGAGCUGCAGGUCUGGCUGCAGGAGUACCGGCCCGACAGUGGAGAGGAGGCCGUGACGCUUCUGGAAGACUUGGAGCUGGAUCUGUCAGGACAGCAGGUCCCAGGUCAAGUUCAUGGGCCUGAGAUGCUGGCCAGAGGGAUGGUACCCUUGGAUCCAGUUCAGGAGUCCUCAAGCUUUGAACUCCAUCCUGAGGCCACCCAAUCACCUUUCAAGCAUUCAUCUCAGAAACCUCGCCUCGUACAGUCCCGAGCUCUCCCUGCCACCCACGUUCCUGCCCCUCAACAAGAGGGGCAUCCCAGAGACCAGGCGGCAGCAUCUGCACUAUUGACAGCAGAUUCCCAGGCAAUGGUGAAGAUCGAGGACAUGGCUGUGUCCCUCAUCCUGGAGGAAUGGGGAUGUCAGAACCUGGCUCGGAGGAAUCUCAGUAGGGACAGCAGGCAGGAGAAUUACAGGAAUGUGUUUGCCCAGGGUUGUGAAAACAGCAAGAAUGAGUCGACCUCAAAGGCUGAAGUCACUGAAAAUUCCACAUGCCCUAGGGAAACAACAGGAAGAUUCCAGAAAGAGUUUGGAGAGAAACGUGAACAGCAGGGCAGGGUAAUGGAAAGGCAACAGAGAAACCCUGAGGAGAAAAACAACAAAGAGAAGAAAGAGUCUGGGCCAGCUACAGCCAAGGAGAAAAAACCCGCCACAGGAGAGAGAGGGCCACGAGAAAAGGGCAAAGGCUUGGGGAGAAGCUUCAGUCUGAGUUCAAACUUGAACCCCACCUCUGAGGACACUCCCCCAGGAGCCAAGUCUCACCGUUGCGAUGAAUGUGGAAAGUGCUUCACAAGAAGCUCAAGCCUUAUCCGCCAUAAGAUCAUCCACACUGGAGAGAAGCCCUAUGAAUGUAGCGAGUGUGGGAAAGCCUUCAGUCUCAACUCCAACCUUGUCCUGCAUCAGCGAAUCCACACCGGAGAGAAACCUCACGAAUGCAACGAAUGUGGCAAAGCCUUCAGUCACAGCUCAAAUCUCAUCCUGCACCAGCGCAUCCACUCUGGAGAGAAGCCCUAUGAAUGUAAUGAGUGUGGGAAAGCCUUUAGCCAGAGCUCAGACCUCACAAAGCACCAGAGAAUCCACACGGGGGAGAAGCCCUACGAAUGUAGCGAGUGUGGAAAGGCUUUCAACCGAAACUCAUACCUUAUUUUGCAUCGGAGAAUUCACACUCGAGAAAAGCCCUACAAGUGCACUAAGUGUGGCAAGGCCUUUACGCGGAGCUCAACUCUUACGCUGCACCACAGAAUCCAUGCCAGAGAGCGAGCCCCAGAGUACAGCUCAGCCUCCCUGGAUGCAUUUGGAGCAUUCCUGAAAGGUUGUGUGUACCGGGUACCGAGAAGACCUCCCCGCUUCCUAGAAGGGACGCUGCGCCCCCCGCGGGGCGGGGCGGGGCGGGGCGAUGACGCACUUCCGGCCGCGCCGCUGCUCGGUGAGCGGUGCGGGUUCCUGGCUCCCGGAGAGUCUCCGAGUCACGGCGAAGCCUGCCGGCCCCAGAUUCAACGUGUGACUCUAGACAACCUGAAACCCAGAGGAGCCAGUUCUGCUCCCCAAAGCCCUGUGAUUUCUGGACUCCCUGUGAUGACCAAGGUAGUGGGCAUGGCCAAAGUUCUGGGUCCCAGGCCGCCUCAGGAACCAGUGGGGCCUGCAACUGUGAAAGUGGAGGACGAGGACGAAAAGCAGAAGUGCCAAUCUAGCCUGGAGAUGUUCCGUCGGCGCUUCAGGCAGUUUGGGUACCACGACACCCCUGGGCCCCGUGAGGCCCUGAGCCAGCUGCGGGUGCUCUGCUGUGAGUGGCUGAGGCCCGAGAUCCACACCAAGGAGCAGAUCCUGGAGCUGCUGGUGCUGGAGCAGUUCCUGACCAUCCUGCCCCGCGAGCUCCAGUCCUGGGUGCAGGAGCACUGCCCUGAGAGUGCGGAGGAGGCGGUCACUCUCCUGGAGGACCUGGAGCAAGAGCUGGAUGAGCCAGGACUGCAGGUCUCAACUCCUUCAGAGGAACAGAGGCAGAAGAUGUCAUCUUCAGGAACCUCAGUGGCAUCCCUGAGCAGUAACCAAGCUCAGCCUGUGGACAGCAGCCCUAAGUAUGAGUGUUGGGGCCCCCUGUACAUCCAAGAGACUGGUGAGGAGCAGGACUUUCCUCAGGAUCCAAGAAAGAAUCAAGGUUGUAAGACUCCCCGGAAGGGUUUACCAGUAGAUGAGCAGAAAAGUUCUGAAGAAGAGUCUCACGCAGACGGACUCCAAAUGGACAUCAUCCCCGUGAUUAUUGCCAAUAAGUAUGGGGCCAGGUCAGAAAGGCAGUGGGUCAGCAAUCUUGAAAGGGGAGCAAAACCUCUGCAGGUCACAGGCUCCAGGAAGGGGGCAGACUCGGCUUCUAAGCCCGCCCCAGGAGAGAAGCGUUACAUAUGUGCCGAGUGUGGGAAGGCCUUUAGUAAUAGUUCAAACCUUACCAAACACCGCAGAACACACACCGGGGAGAAGCCUUAUGUGUGCACCAAAUGUGGGAAGGCUUUCAGCCACAGCUCCAACCUCACCCUUCACUACAGAACACACUUGGUGGACCGGCCCUAUGACUGUAAGUGUGGGAAAGCCUUUGGGCAGAGUUCAGACCUUCUUAAACAUCAAAGAAUGCAUGCAGAAGAGGCACCCUAUCAGUGUAAGGACUGUGGGAAAGCCUUCAGUGGGAAAGGCAGCCUCAUUCGACACUAUCGAAUCCACACGGGGGAGAAGCCCUAUCAGUGUAAUGAGUGUGGAAAGAGCUUUAGUCAGCACGCAGGUCUCAGUUCCCAUCAGCGCUUGCACACAGGAGAGAAGCCCUAUAAGUGCAAGGAGUGUGGGAAAGCCUUCAACCACAGCUCAAAUUUCAAUAAGCAUCACAGAAUCCACACUGGGGAGAAGCCCUACUGGUGUAAUCACUGUGGGAAAACCUUCUGUAGUAAGUCCAAUCUCUCUAAACACCAGAGAGUCCACACUGGAGAGGAAGAAGUUCCCUAAGUGUGAAGUGUCCUUAAGGUGUUUGGAUUUUGAAAACGUUAGGAUGUGAAUGCUAGGGAGAAGCCCUGUAACGCAAUAACAAGUCUGGUGGGCAGGUUUUGCUCCACUCGUUGUCUGGCAAUGCCAUGGAGGGAGAGCUGCACCGUGGCACAGUAGGCAGGUGGUCUGCAGUGUGGCCGUGGACUCCACACUGGUCAUCUGCCCAACAGAAUGCCCCCUCCCCACAUUGCAGGCCCCAGUGAGCGCGUGCAACAUUGUCUUCUGUGUAGUUGAGUGAUGUGUAUCCGUGUAGCUGAUGAAGAAACAUGCCGUUGUCUAACUGUUUAACAUGUAGUCCAGUUGUAGUUUGUAAGAGUUGAGCCACUGUGAGCACUGGUUCAGAAUAAACUAGCAUCGUGUAACACCCAG